AGGGUUAGUCAACACUGAAAUAAGCAGAAAUAAAACAAUAUAUAAAUAAAUGCUAAAAAAUAAUGAUGGUAAAUAGCAAUGAUAGUGACGAUAAAAGUCCAUCGAGUGGGAUGAGAGAAUACAAAUGCGAAGUAAAAGGAUGUUGCUACAGAACCAAUCGUGCCUACAACUUGUGGCGCCAUGAGCGAAGCAGACACAGACAAGAAUCGGAACGCAAGCUCCACCAAUGUAUGUUUUGCCUGUACAGCACCAACAAGGCCACCAAUCUGAAGCGUCACGUUGGCACACGGCAUCCUCAAUAUAACAUGGAGGAGGCAACAAAGACGUCAAUUGUCAGCACAUCGUCGCUAACGCGGUGCGAUUUUCCUGGCUGCAAGUACACAACAAAUCGUCCCUUCGAUCUGCGACGUCACAUGUCUGUGCACUGCCAUCAGGAAAAGGACAACAAGAGGUUCAAGUGCUCCUUGUGCCUGUACAGUUCGGAUAGGAAAGCCAAUUUGCACCGUCAUGUGGAAGUAAGGCACGCCUGGCGUCAAUUAAGUCUUUCUUUGCAAGAAAUGAAAAGGGGUCAGGUGGAAGACUACGAGGGAGAGGAAGAGGAAAAGCUUGAAUAUCAUACGCUGGACGAUUUAAUUGAAGAAGUAGAACUGACUCUCUCAGAGCCGGAUCCCGAGCCUGAGGCACUGAGUAAGGACAUGGAAUUUGAAAUCAAACAGGAGGGUGCAAACAGUAAGGAGCAGAAUCAGAUGAAGUUCAAAUGUAACUUGUGCCGGUACAGUUCGGAUAGAAAAUCAAAUUUACACCGUCAUGUCGAAGUAAGACACGCUUUCCAGAGACUUAAUCGAUCUUUAAUAGAGAUCAAAAAGUCCCCAUCCCCAAAGGAAGUCUAUGAGGGAGAAGAAGAGCUGGAAUAUCAAUCACUAGACGAUUUAAUUGAAGUAGAAGUGAUACAAUCCGAUCCCGAACCGGAGACAGAGCCACAAAAUGAGGAAUUUGAAUUUGAUAACAAAACUGUAGAAAUUGACUUUGUAGAUAUAGAGCCUGUCCAGGUGCCAGAAGCACAGCCAAAUAUAAAACCUGUAAUCAAAGCGAACACUUCGACUGUUUGGCAAUUACAACCACUCGAGGGAAAUUCAAAGGACAAAGAAGUGAUUGCUAUCAAUGUCAAUGGAGAACUGAGAUGGUUUCAGUCCAUACAACCGCCUGAGGGAGCCAGCAGCGAACUGCAACGGGCCAUCCAGAUGCAAGGCCACGAACCAAAAAUUGUUCAACAGAUUACAGAAAAUGAUCUGCAUAAUGAAGAAUAUGAAGUUAUAUCCUUAAACAAAGCUGAAGACGAGGAAGAGUUCCAAGAGGAAUAUGUGGAUGAAUAUGAUCAGGAGGAGAGGGAGGGCGAACAACAUGUAUAUAAUAUAGAAAUGGUCGAUGAACGUCAGGAAACGCACGCGCCGCAAGCAUUAACUCCCCUGGCGACCAGAGCCAAGCAGGAGAAUUUCGUUUUAAGGAAAAAGAAUGCCAACUCAAACGAUUGGACAUGGAGCACAUCAAAUGUAAGCAGCCCAGACCCCGAAACUUAUACCAUUAAUACAUAUCUUACUUCAUAAUACGAAAGUUCUGUUUGUAAUAUAGAUAAUAAUGAUAUAUUUUUCAUGUUUUCAAUAUUUUUAAUUGCAAACUAAACGCGAAUUUUUUAAAUAAUUACCAAAUUUUUUGAUGAAUUCGCUUGGUUGCGACGAGCCGAACUGAAGAAUAAGUAUGGGGAAAUAUGUGUAAAAGUAAUUUUUAAAAAAUAAAGAAUUAAAUUUGUAACGGAUACACUACA